UGGGCAACAGAUGGCGGCUGUAGCGAUAUCCAUGAUGUUUGAUGGGCUGUAGGCAGCAAUGGAGAAGUUCUGGCGGUUGACACAUUUGGUUGCAAAAUGACGAUUCAGUAGAAAACUUAGCUUUUUUGGACACACUGGGAAUCUUUUAUCCCACGCCCCGACUUUUUGCUCCACCCCUCCCGAUUCUUCUUCGCAGGCCGUAAGAAGCCUCGGGCUUGAUUUGGAGAUACACCGGGCCGAGAGAGAGAAGAGCUCUGGGAAAUUGUUUUGAGAAGUAUCCUAAAAUGUCUUUGCCAUAAUACCGCAUUGCAAAGUUGUUGGGAUUUUAACAUUUAGACAUUCGGUAUAUUUCGGGAUCGCAAAUGUUGAGGUUUUGAGAAAAAUAAUUAAGUUUACUAGGUAGCUUUAAUGCUAGUAAGCUACAUAGCAGCCAAACUCUUGCAUGUUGAAUGAAUGAACGAACCAGUGAAUUGGAGAGCAGUUGGACUUUACUAGCAGAUCCUUGUUCGGUUUUUGUGAAUAAAAUCCAAUAGAUAUUGCCAUAGGCUGCAACCGUUUUCAUCAGCAGGGCACAGUCAUUAGUAUAGACCCACAAAUGGACCGGAAUGCAUUUCCUGGGAGUUGGGCAGCGGCGGUUUAGCAUACAAAGAUACCGUUUGUGACUGUAGUCUGGUUAUGUUUUUGACGCUGUUUAGUUAGCCCACAUAUAUUUGCACUACUCGAACUCGGGGGCAACACUGAGGAGCCUACACCCGUUUUGGAAUGGGGAACACGGUGUCAUGCUGCGUCUCUCCAGAGUCCAGCCCCAAACUACCCUCGAGACAGCCGGCAGAGCGUCUGGAGGAAGUCCAGACCAGCACCGAAGUGAGCGAUGAUAACACCGUACCCUACCUGCAGCAUAUCAGCGACAGAGAGGUGCCUGAUGAGCUGGCGUUGGAGUCAAACCCUUCAGACCACGCCCGGGCCAGCACCAUCUUCCUUAGCAAGUCUCAGACAGACGAACGAGACAAGAGGAAAAGCAACCACAUAAAUCAUAUCAGUCAUGUGUCACCUGGACCUCUGUCAAAGAAAUACAGCUCCUGCUCCACAAUUUUUAUAGACGACAGCACCGUUAGUCAGCCAAACCUCAAAAGCACAAUCAAAUGUGUCACAUUAGCAAUAUACUACCACAUUAAAAACAGGGACUCGGACAGAUCGCUGGACAUUUUUAAUGAGAAGUUGCACCCCUUAUCAAGAGAACCCGUUCCAGACGACUUUUCUCGCAUCGACCCAGAACACAAAUUGAUCUACCGCUUUGUCCGAACGCUCUUCAGCGCUGCUCAGCUGACUGCAGAAUGUGCCAUAGUCACUCUGGUGUACUUAGAACGCUUACUGACCUAUGCUGAGCUGGACAUCUGCCCGGCCAACUGGAAGCGCAUCGUCCUAGGAGCCAUCCUGUUGGCCUCCAAAGUCUGGGACGACCAGGCCGUGUGGAAUGUGGACUACUGCCAGAUCCUUAAAGACAUCACUGUGGAGGACAUGAACGAGAUGGAGCGUCACUUCCUGGAACUUCUCCAGUUUAAUAUCAAUGUGCCAGCCAGUGUCUACGCCAAGUACUACUUUGAUCUGCGGCAGCUGGCUGAUGACAACAACCUCAGCUUCCCCCUGGAGCCUCUCAACAACCAGCGUGCCCAGAAACUAGAGGCAAUUUCAAGACUAUGUGAAGACAAAUAUAAAGACCUGAGCAGGGCAGCAAUGAGACGGUCCUUCAGUGUAGACAACCUGAUAGGUAUUCGAUGCUCCAACGCUGUCCUGUCAUAGGUCACACCUCUUCGGUCUGCUGUCUAAUGUCCCAGUAACCCACAGUUAGUGUCCAGUCUAAGCAUGUUUGUACACUGAGGAGUCAAACAGGAUUCAGGCUGGGAAUGAUGCAGUGUGUCCUGUGAUGACAUGACAGCUGCAUGAUUACCAUUGACAUCGUAACUUUUGUUUUGUUUUGAAAGUUUAUUUAUUUUUUAACUGUCCCUUUUAUUCCAGAUGAAGUUUAGAAUGAUUUGUUCUAUCACUGAAGAAAAAAAAAUGGGCUUACAAGUGUCAAAUUUACUUUCUUUUUUUAUACAAAACAAGUUUGAAUAAUUCUGUUUAACCUUAAUGAUAAUUUUGUGGUAGUCUAUAGUUUAUUAUUCACAAAAUCAAAUGGAUGAAAAAAGCUCAUUUGUCUGCAGAGAGUUCAUCAGAACCAAAAUCAUAGACUGAAGAAGAACUGGAUGGAACCACCUCCCAGUAACCUAAUGGGAAAAUCCUGAAGUUGUUCCAUUGAUGUUAGAAUAGUUCCGUUCGUGUUAUAGUCUAACAUCUCCAUUGAUGUUGGAAUAGAAGUCUGUGCAGAACAAAACUACUUUCCACAUUACACAAACCAUUUUCUCAUGACACUCUCUACAGACAUGAGAUCUAAGAAUGAGGGGCUUUUUAUAGUUUGUUGAAUAAUUAAUCUAUAGAAUAUCACUAAAUUCCUUUUUUUUAAACUAAGAUAAAAUACUGAUUCUUGUAAAUGCAAGUUCAAAAACCAAAAGUAACUUUUUUGAGAGUGUAAAUCGAACCUGUUUACUGUUAAUACCAGUGGUGUUCCAUUCAGUUGAAGUCAGUUAUUCUCCCAUUUGCAUAGAGCAUGUCUCACGUAAGAAGUAUUAGAGCAUAAAUAUACUGCAGGAGUUGGCUGGAGAUGGAACACAGUCAGUCUGAUGUUGUCUGUUGUAUGUGUGUGUCUCUGAGUGCCAAUCUGAGAACUCACCACAGGACACACUCAUUUGAUUCUGAAUCCCUUCUGCUGGACUCUUUGAUUGAUAGCAGUUAGAUUGAUGUCCUGUAACGAUAGCUCAGUCCAGACUCAGUAUUGUUCCCUUCACGUUCUCCCAUCCUAACCCCCUCCUCAGAGAGAUUGGACCCUGAGCAGAGCCUUCCAGAGAACUACAUAGAUAUAGAGGGGACAGAAAAAGAAGAGACUGUUGGAAACUCUCCUCCUUUUUGCUUACUAUGUAGGCCACUAGCUGUGAAAAUGUCGUGUUUUUAAUUGAACAAAAAACAUUUGCAGAUGGAGUAUUUUAAAUAAACACUAAUCAUGUAACAA